AUGGCCUCCGAUUUAAUCAUGCCCAACAUGCUACCGACCGAGCAGAAGCUCCCCUAUACCCCUCAGCAUCAGCCCCAGGACUCUCGGCAGCGUAUUCAACGGCCUCAGCAUGUCCGAUCCACGUCUUAUCACACCCCAACUGGGUCCCAGCAGAUCUCACCGCUGAGCACUUCGGACCAAGAGCAGCAGAGAUCAUCCAUGCCCUCGUCGCCCAAGAGCAACAAUGAUCGCCAGAGUGGUCGCCCAAUGUACAUGCCGGCUGUCUUGCGACCCAACAGCGACUUCACGCAAGUCUCACGGACCAGCACGGGCACCUACUCGCCAGUGUCAGAGCACAGCCGCAGUCGCCGCAACUCGAACAGCGGGACGUUUCGCAACGUGCCUGGCUUUGGUGUCAUCCAAAGGCUGAGCCGACGCUCCACGGACGAGCUGGCCAAGGAGAAGGAGCUCGUCGGCACCCUCGAUCACAAGCUGUUCCCCGAGGUGACAGACGCUCCGACGCGACAGCACUGGAAGCCUGACCCGGAAUCCUCCAUCUGCGACGAUGCCACUUGCCGGCGCGGCUUCAGCUACUUUGUCCGUCGCCACCACUGCCGACGAUGCGGCAACAUCUUCUGCGAUGAGCAUUCCAGCUACGAGACCCCGCUCGACCAGGACGCCAACUACAACCCCCGCGGCGCCCCGUCGCGCACCUGCAACCACUGCUUUGAGGAGUAUCGCGUCUGGCACAGCCGGAACAACAGCCACAGCUCGAGCUCCGUGUCGUCGAAUGACAUGCCUGUCACGCCCAUCUCCGCGGCCGGGAAGCCGAGCCAGAAUCUACAGGCCGGCCUGCAGCUGGCAAAGAGCCCCAACGCGGCCGCCAGCGUCCCUCGCGACUGGUCAUGGAGCACUUUCUAG